CACAAAAGAAGCCAGCCAGCUGCCAAUCUCUGCCGUCAUCUCGACGCCGACAAGUAUAAAGCGAAAGUCGCCUUCUCUCAGACCCGAGAGCCCUACCUUCGUACUUGUCGACGCAUUACACAGAGCCCGAAUCAUGCCCCGUGGUGAGGAGAACUAUCGCAACAUGGACGCACAGCAGCAGUUCGACCAACGCCGUGCGGACGACCAGGCGCGGCAAGACGCUCUGCUGGACCAAAUCCACGGUGGCGUCGUGGGUCUCAAGAACCAGGCGCACGCUAUUAACGGGGAAGUUGUGGAGCAGAACAUCAUGAUUGACGACAUUGGCAACCGAAUGGACAAUGCAACUCGGGACAUUGCACGGGAAGAGCAAGCGGCACGGGAGGUCAACGCCCGCAAAAAGAAGGCUUGCAAGUUAUACGGUGUUAUCGCGGUAUUGGUGGUGAUUCUGAUCAUCGUGUUUGUGAUUCCGUCGCCCAACUAAGCGAUCAGGUGCAAUUCUACCAUCACUCCGUCUGCUUUCCAGUGUUCGCCGCGGAUCUCGUUGACUAUGAGCAAAUAUCUGCCACAGCACAAAGCGACAAUAUGUCUGGGAAUUGUACACAUAAUACAACAGCUCCACGUCACAAAACUCCAGAAAAUACUUUUUGUUAACGUUAAAACGCGGCCGUGGAGACCGCAGGUUGACAUGCAGCGGCUCUCUAAGUCUACAAUACCACGGCAAGAGCCACCGCAGUUACAAGGCCCAUUGUCACGCUGCUGAUAGUCG